AUGUACGGCGCUGGAGCCGGCCCGCAAACGGGCGUCUCAACUCCGAGAUCGAGCGCCUCGCUACGCCCUCUCACCGUCACCCAUGGAAAGCUCGAGACAUCCUUCCUCGUCCCGACUGUUCUCCAUUUUCACGCCUCCCAGCUUAAGGAGAGGUUCAGCGCAUCUCUCCCCACCCCCACAGACGAGCUAGCUCAAGAUGAUGAGCCCUCUUCCGUACCUGAGCUCCUGGCCAGGUACAUGGGCUUCAUCGCGCAAGAGAUUGAGACUGGCGAAGACGAUGGCCAAGGCUCGUAUGAAGAGGUUCUCAAACUUGUGCUAAAUGAGUUUGAGCGAGCUUUCUUGCAGGGCAACGAAGUCCACCCGUUGGCAGCCACCCUACCUGGGAUUGACUCGAAGAAGCUCGAAGUCAUCCGCUGCUACUACGCUGGUCGCGCCGCCGUGAACCGUCCCGUCAAACCCCACCAGUCUGCCCUCUUCAGGGAAGCCGACGAUAACUCGGCGCAAAUUUACACCAUCUUCGGUGGUCAAGGCAACAUCGAGGAGUACUUUGACGAGAUCAGGGAAGUGAGCAAAGUCUAUUCCACCUUUGUAGGCGAGCUCAUCACCGCGGGAGCCGAGCUCCUUCAAUCGCUAGCAGCUCAUCCCGAGGCGGAGAAGCUCUACCCCAAGGGCCUUGAUGUUUUGGGGUGGUUGCACAACCCUGAGGCUACGCCCGACGUAGAUUAUCUGAUCUCGGCGCCUGUCAGCUUUCCCUUGAUUGGUUUGCUGCAGCUUGCCCACUAUGAGGUCACUUGCAAGGUGCUCGGUGUCCAGCCGGGCGUCCUGCGCGACAGGAUUCAGGGAACCACGGGCCAUUCUCAGGGUGUUGUCGUGGCCGCUGCGACCGCCGCCGCCGGUUCGUGGGACUCGUGGCGCGAGGUCGCCAUGAAGGCCCUCACUAUCCUCUUCUGGAUCGGUGCCAGGAGUCAGCAGACAUUCCCCAGGACGUCUAUCACACCCUCCAUGCUGCGCGACUCGGUCGACAACGGCGAAGGCACUCCCUCCCCCAUGCUUAGCAUCCGCGACCUCUCCCAGGCCGAAGUCCAGAAGCAUAUCGAUGCAACCAACCACUAUCUUCCAGCUGAUCGCCACAUCGGUAUCUCGCUUAUCAACAGCCCCCGAAACAUGGUUGUUACCGGUCCUCCCAUGUCGCUCUACGGUCUCAACUCCCGUCUGCGAAAAGUCAAGGCGCCCACCGGUCUCGACCAAAACAGGAUUCCCUAUACCGAGCGAAAGUAUCUUGCCGCGGCUACCGACCUGAUUGACGCCGAUCUCCGGGACGUCGAGAUCGAUGUUUCGAAGCUAGAUAUUGCUCUCUAUGAUACACACACUGGAAAGGAUGUUCGUGACGGUGUCAAGGGCAACAUCGUUCCCACCCUUAUUCGCCUCAUCACUCGUGAUCCCGUCUACUGGGAGAAGGCUACUGCUUUCCCUGAGGCCACACACGUCUUGGACUUUGGCCCCGGUGGCAUCUCGGGAAUUGGCAUCCUUACCAGCCGCAACAAGGAAGGAACCGGUGUCCGUGUCAUUUUGGCUGGUUCUGUCCAGGGUACCGUCCCUGAAGUUGGCUACAAGUCGGAGCUGUUUGAUCGCGACGAGGAGAACGCAGUCAAGUACGCCAUUGACUGGGUCAAGGAGUUUGGCCCCAAGCUCGUCAGGACUGCCAGCGGACGCACUUACCUUGAUACCAGGAUGAGUCGUCUACUUGGUCUCCCCGUCAUGGUCGCAGGUAUGACACCCGCCACGGUUCCCUGGGACUUCGUUGCUGCCACCAUGAACGCCGGAUACCACAUUGAGCUCGCUGGCGGAGGUUACUUCGAUCCCCGCAUGAUGACGGAGGCUAUCCGCAAGAUUGAGGGUGCCAUUCCCCUGCUUCGUGCGGAGGGUGUCCCCAUCCAGGGCCUCGCCAUUGGUGCUGGUGUCCCUUCCAUCGAGGUUGCCAACGAGUACAUCGAAACCCUUGGCCUCAAGCACAUCUCCUUCAAGCCCGGUUCCGUCGAUGCCAUCCAGGCCGUUGUCAACAUUGCCAAUGCCAACCCUACCUUCCCCCCUAUGCUCCAAAUGUAUCCCCGUAUCCGCCGCGCUGAGAACAUCAUCCUCAUUGCCGGAUCCGGUUUCGGUGGUGCCGAAGACACAUACCCUUACAUCACGGGUGAAUGGUCGAAGAAGUUCGGCUACCCGCCUAUGCCUUUUGACGGCUGCAUGUUCGGUAGUCGUAUGAUGGUUGCCAAGGAGGCUCACACUAGCCCCGAUGCCAAGAAGGCCAUUAUCGAUGCUCCCGGUGUCGAAGACUCCGAGUGGGAGAACACGUACAAGGUACCUACUGGUGGUGUUCUCACUGUCAGGUCCGAGAUGGGUGAGCCCAUCCACAAGCUUGCUACGCGCGGUGUUCGCUUCUGGGCUGAAAUGGAUCAGAAGAUCUUCAGCGUUCCCAAGGAAAAGCGUGUCGCGGAGCUGAAGAAGAACCGCGACUACAUUAUCCAGAAGCUCAACGACGAUUUCCAGAAGGUCUGGUUCGGUCGCAACAAGGCAGGCCAGGCCGUCGAUCUCGACGAGAUGACGUAUGCCGAAGUCGUUGAUCGUAUGAUUGAACUCUUGUACGUCAAGCACGAGUCUCGUUGGAUUGAUCCUACUUAUAUCCGCCUCACUGCGGACUGGAUCCAGCGUGUGGAGGAGCGUUUCACCCAGACCCCUGGCCAGCCUUGCGUUUUGCAAAAUAAGAUGGACUUGAAGGAGCCCUUCGCCACGGUUGAGCGCGUCCUCGCCGCCUACCCCGAAGCGCAAACUCAGAUUGUCAAUGCCCACGACGUUGAGCACUUCCUUCUCCUCUGCAUGUUCCCAUUCCAGAAGCCCGUCCCCUUCGUGCCCGUCUUUGAUGACAACUUUGAAUUCUACUUCAAGAAGGAUUCUCUUUGGCAGUCAGAAGACGUCCAGGCCGUUCAAGGCCAGGAUGUCGGCAGGACCUGUAUUCUCCAGGGACCCGUUGCCGUCAAGUACUCGACUGUCAUGGACGAGCCCAUCCAGCAGAUUCUUGAUGGAAUCCACAACGGCCACAUUGCUGGUCUCACCCGCGACCUUUACGGAGGCGAUGUGAGCCGGAUCCCUACCGUUGAGUACUUUGGUGGCCGUGUUACCGAGACCGAGAUCCCCCGCGGUCAUGCCCCGCUUGAAUCAUGGCUGGCGCUCCUCGCUGGCCCCAAGAGGAGCUGGCGGCACGCUCUUCUCCUGUCGGAUGUCGUCGUACAGGGACAAAAGUACGAGACGAACCCGAUCAAGAGGAUUUUCACCCCCACCAAGGGCAUGUUUGUCGAGAUUCAGUAUCCCAACGACCCCCAGAAGACGGUGAUCAUCGUCCAGGAACAACCCAGGCACAACGUCUACGUUGACGUGAUCGAGGUCAAGCUGAACAGCCCCAACGAGAUUGUUGUCAACAUGAUUAAGGAUACAACUGCUCUCGGCAAGGCCGCGGCCCUGCCCCUCAAGUUCACUUACCACCCCGAGGCUGGCUACUCGCCUAUCCGAGAGGUCAUGGAAGACCGCAAUGAUCGCAUCAAGGAGUUUUACUGGAAGGCGUGGUUUGGCAAUGAUCCCCUUGAUCUUGAUGCCCUCGUCACUGCCAAGUUCGACGGCGGACAAACCACCAUCACCGGCGAGGCCAUCAACGACUUCAUCCACGCUGUCGGAAACACGGGCGAAGCCUUUGUUGACCGACCUGGCAAGAUCAUGUAUGCUCCUAUGGACUUCGCCAUCGUUGUGGGCUGGAAGGCCAUUACCAAGCCCAUUUUCCCUCGCAAGAUUGACGGAGAUCUGCUCAAGCUCGUUCACCUUUCCAACGCGUUCCGCAUGAUGCCUGGUGCCGAGCCUCUCAAGAAGGGCGACGUUGUUUCCACCACGGCUCAGAUUAACGCCGUGAUCAACCAAGAGUCUGGCAAGAUGGUCGAAGUAUGCGGUACCAUUGUCCGCGACGGCGAACCUGUCAUGGAAGUGACCUCGCAGUUCCUGUACCGCGGAACCUACACGGAUUAUGAAAACACUUUCCAGCGAAAGCUCGAGACGCCUGUCAAGAUCCACCUCGCCACCACCCGUGAUGUCGCCGUUCUACGCUCUAAGCAGUGGUUCAUGGCGGACGAGUUGCCCCAGAAUAUUGAGCUCCUCGGCCAGACCCUUACUUUCCGCCUUCAGAGUCUGAUGCGCUACAAGAACAAGGAUGUGUUUAGCAGCGUCGAGACUCGUGGCCCUGUCCUGCUUGAGCUCCCCACCAAGGAGAUCAUCCAGGUUGCCAGCGUCGACUAUGAGGCCGGCCUCUCUCACGGAAACCCCGUUAUUGACUACCUCAGCCGUAACGGUGUUCCUCUUGAUCAGCCUGUUCACUUUGAGAACCCCAUUCCCCUGAGCGGCAAGACCCCCUGCAGCUUCGUGCCCCUGCCUCGAACGAGAACUACGCACGUCUAUGCCAACCUCCCCGGCACCAUUACCCACGGCAUGUACUCCAGCGCCGCUGUCCGUAGUCUCGUGGAGACUUGGGCAGCCGACAACAACAUUGGCCGUGUGAGGAGCUUCCACGCCUCGCUCGUGGGCAUGGUGCUUCCCAACGACGAUAUCCAGGUCAACCUCCAGCACGUUGGUAUGGUUGCGGGUCGCAAGAUUAUCAAGGUGGAGGCCAGCAACAAAGACACGGAGGAGAAGGUGCUUCUCGGCGAGGCCGAGGUUGAGCAGCCGGUGACCGCCUACGUCUUCACUGGCCAAGGCUCUCAGGAGCAAGGCAUGGGCAUGGACUUGUAUGCCAGCAGCCCCGUAGCUCAGGAGAUCUGGGACCGUGCUGACAAGUACCUCCUCGAAAACUAUGGCUUUUCCAUCACCAACAUUGUGCGCAACAACCCUAAGGAGCUCACCAUCCACUUUGGUGGCCCCCGUGGUAAGGCUAUUCGCCAGAACUACAUGGCCAUGACUUUUGAAAGUGUCUCUAGCGACGGCACGGUCAAGUCGGAGCGCAUCUUCAAGGAGAUUGAUGAGACGACCACGUCGUACACUUACCGCUCACCCACGGGUCUCCUGUCGGCGACGCAAUUCACUCAGCCCGCCCUCACGCUCAUGGAAAAGGCCAGCUUCGAGGACAUGAAGUCUAAGGGUCUCGUGCCCAGGGACAGCACCUUUGCGGGUCACUCGCUCGGUGAAUACUCGGCCCUCACGGCGCUCGCGGAUGUCAUGCCGAUUGAGAGUUUAGUGUCGGUCGUCUUCUACCGCGGUCUGACCAUGCAGGUCGCCGUGGAACGUGAUGCGGCCGGUCGCUCCAACUACUCCAUGUGUGCUGUUAACCCCAGCCGCAUCUCGAAGACGUUCAACGAAGAGGCGCUCCAGUAUGUGGUGGAUAACAUCGCCGAACAGACUGGAUGGCUUGUGGAGAUUGUCAACUACAACAUCGCCAACAUGCAAUACGUGUGCGCUGGUGACCUUCGAGCGCUCGACACGCUCACUGGUGUGACCAACUUCCUGAAGCAGCAGCAGAUCAAUAUUGAGGAGAUGAAGGGCAACAUCUCGGAGACCAAGGACGCCCUCCGCAACAUUAUCCAAGGAUGCGCGGAAGCGACGCUCAAGAAGCCCCAGCCAUUGGAGUUGCAGCGAGGAUACGCGACGAUUCCUCUUCGAGGCAUCGACGUGCCUUUCCACUCGACCUUCUUGCGGUCGGGUGUUAAGCCGUUCCGAUCUUUCCUCCUCAAGAAGAUCAACAAGACCACGAUUGACCCAGCCAAGCUUAUUGGCAAGUACAUCCCCAACGUGACGGCCAAGCCGUUUGAGUUGACCAAGGAGUACUUUGAGGAGGUUUACAAGCUCACCAACUCGCCUCGCAUCGGGCACGUGUUGGCCAACUGGGACAGGUACACCUCGGAUGAGGCGGACAGCGAUGACUCGAACAGCGGGUCCGAGACGCGAGCUCUCAACGGAACCGACGUCGAGCAGGCUGGUGCCGGGGCCGCCGCUUGA